UUUGUUUGAAAUUUAGGGUUAGGGUUAAUGGUCCAUGUUGUUGUUGUUGUGGAUUGAGACAACGGCAACCCCCGUGCGAUGUCCUUGUCCUCUUCCGAGUGAGCUUCACGCCGGCGGGCGACGCCUCCUCCGGCCUUCAAUCAGCAAUAGAAAAAAAAUGAAGAGGAUCUCUGAAGACCAUGCUGGAGCCGCGGAGAUUCCAUAUCUUGCGUGGCCGCGGAGAGAAUUUCGAGCAUUUAGAGUCGAAGUCCCAUCCCUUGGGCAUCGGCGGCCGCGACUUCUUCUGUUCCCUGACAACCCCUAACAGUCGAACGGAAGCUUUGACUCCCUCUGUUCUGCGAGCUUACGCCAAGGUUCAUAGGGGAGGAUCUGUGAGAUCCAACAAUAGUGUGAUCUCCUUGUCCUCAAUCUGCAGCGACUCUCCCCUUCAAUCAGAUCUUAGUCGUGCUUCCCUUGUCAGUUAUAGAGACUGCAGCAACUGCAGAGCCAAAAUCGUCUACCUGUGGACUGAUCGGUGCCAGUAGAGUUCCAACGACGCUGAAGCUUCAUCUUUGAUAAUCCUUGCUUCUACGUUAGCACAGUUUAGGGCUUAGGCAACAUUCAGAUUAUCCACGGAAUGGCAAGUGAGAAAAUUUUAACUGUUUGCCAAUAUGGAGGUCACUUUGUUAGGAAUAAUGAUGGAUCCAUGUCUUAUUCUGGUGGCGAUGCACAUGCAAUUGAUAUUGACAGUAAAAUGUCACUGGAAGAUUUAAAGUCAGAGAUAGCAUCUAUGUUUAGUUUCAGUGAUGAACCCUUCUCAAUUAAGUACUUCCUACCAAGAAACAAACGGACUCCCAUCACAAUAUCCAAUGACAAAGACCUGAUGCGUAUGAUUUCUUACCAUGCAAAUUCAGAUACAACUGACAUUUAUGUCACCAAGAUAAGUGAAAGCAGGAUGAUUAGGAGUGAUGUAACUGAUUCAGGUACCUUUACUAAUGCUGACAUUACACAACUAGCCAACUUUAAUGAAGCAGAGCAGAUAAAAGUAUGCAGUGAUUGGGACAAUUUAAUCACUGGGGUGGGGCAGGUAUUCUCUACUUCAAAUAAUUUCCGUGAUGCCUUGCACAAGUAUGCCAUUGCUCAUAGUUUCAUAUAUAAACUUGUUAAAAAUGAUCAAUUUCGUGUGACUGCUGAAUGCACCGUAGAGGACUGCCCAUGGAGAAUACAUGCAUCUAGGUCAUCAGCCAAACAAAAAUUCAUGAUUAAGAAAAUAAAUCCUAGUCACACAUGUGGAAAAGAACUUACUAGAGAAAGUCAUAAGCUUGAUUCUCAAAGAUGGGUUGCUAGUGUUAUAAAAGACAAGCUACGUGAGAUUCCUAACUAUAAGCCAAAGGACAUUGCAAAUGAUCUGGAGCAAGAAUAUGGACUCAGUUUGAAUUACUCACAAGUUUGGUGUGGGAAAUCUAUUGCCAAGAAAGAUCUUUACAACCCGUUUGAGGAGGCUUUCAAUCAACUUUCAUGGUUUUGUGACAGAAUAAUAGAGACCAACCCAGGUAGCGUUGCAACACUGCAUAAAUCAAAUGAUUUAAGAUUUCGGUUCUUUGUUGCCUUUCAUGCCUCACUAUAUGGUUUUGAGCAUGGUUGCCGCCCCUUCCUUUUUCUUGACGCUUUCUCACUGAAAGAAAAUAGGCAUUUGAAGUUUUUAGCAGCAACUGCAGUUGAUGGUGAGAAUGACAUAUACCCAGUUGCUUUCUCAGUUGUAGAUACUGAGAAUAAUGAGACCUGGCAUUGGUUUUUGGAACAGCUUAAAUCUUCUUUUACUCAGGCUCGUGCUAUAACUUUCAUAUCAAGCAGUCAAAAUGGCAUGGAAGAGGAACUGUCCAAGGUGUUUGAGGACGGCUUUCAUUGUUACAGUGAACAAUAUCUCAUUGAAAAUUUUCAGAAUGAAAUGAAGAGUUCCUGGACACAAGAAGUGAAGGAUAAAAUGAUCCAUCAUCUUAAAAGUGCUAUUUAUGCUAAUACAGUGAAUGAGUUCAAUGAAUGCAUAGAAAACAUCCGGAGUGAGUCAAAAGAAAUUGCAGAAUGGGUUCUGGGGACAAAACCUGAGACUUGGUCUGAUGCUUUCUUCAAGGGUUUGAGAUAUGGGCAAUAUUCGUCUGUUGCUGUGGAGAAAUACAAUGAUUGGCUAUCAGUAGGAUCUGAACCAUCAGUGCUCCAGAUAGUUGAUACCAUGAGGUGUAGUUUGAUGGAGUUGAUGUAUAGCCGCCGUGUCUCCUGUAAUACAUGGACUGAGGCACUUGUACCCUCUGCAAAUCAGAAGGUGCAGGAAGACAUGAUCAGAGCACAUUCUUUUGCAUUAGUGCGCCCAAUUGGCACCGUGUUUGAGGUGAUUGACGAGUCAACUAAUGUUGUCAACACUGAAACCAAUGAAUGCACAUGUAGAAGGUGGCAGGUGAGUGGUUUGCCUUGCAUCCAUGCUCUUGCUGUAAUAGAGCACACUAAUGGAUGUAUAUAUGCAUACUGCUCCAAAUACUUCUCAAGUGAGUGCUACCGCAUAGCCUACUCAUUAUCCAUCAACCCCAUACCUGAUGUCGGUAUGCCAGUCUGCACCAAUCCCUUUCAGUUUUCAAGUGCAUGCUCUCUCCGUGCCCGCCGACCGGCUGGCCGUCCGAAGGAAAAACCCGACGAGCCAAGAAUUGCAAUUAAAAGACCUCUUCGUUGCAGCAAGUGCCAAGCUGUAGGGCACAACAAGCGGACAUGCAAAACAGAGGCACACUCUGAGUAACCAUUUUGUUCAAUACUUAGGAUGUACAUUUUCUGUGUCAAGCUUAGAUAAUGGAGUUAUUGUAAAUGUACUAAUGGAGUUUGUGAUGCUUGGAGACGGUAGGAAUUGAUAUUUUUGGUCUCCGGUUUCUUUGUUUCUUCCUUUCCAGCCGAAGAUUUGUAGCUUCCAAAAAUAUUUAGCUAUUUGUUGAUAUUUAAAGUUAGAUGAUUAAGAAGUGAUAAGGUCUUCCUUAUUUGAUCGAUA